GGGGGAUUAAUGAAUGAUUGUUGUUCAAAUUACGGCUAUUCAGAAAAACCUACAUUAACGGUGGAUCAGUUUGAAUGCGUGAAUUUACAUGAAAUUGUUAAAAACAACGCUGUAUAUGGAGUUACUUUAGUAACGAAAUGUUCACCGGAAUGGGACCAUAAUUUUACAAGAGCACUUUGCGAAGCUGAAUCAAACAUGAAUGAUAUAAUACUACGACUCCCUGUUUCUGAUAAAACACUGUUUCAUGUUAUGUAUAAAAAUAUGUACUGUGCACAGUGUAAUUUUGUGGAGGAUUUUUAUUAUUGGACCCAUGAAAUCAAAUGUCGGAAUGAAACUGGCGUAAGAAGUCUUUCAAAAACGAAAGAUUGCUUAAAUCAUUUUAAAAGACCAAACCCGGAUUAUUCGUACAGAACGUGUCGUUUAUCACAAUCUAUUAUAUCUGUAUGUAAUCAGACUACCGGGAUUACUUCUUACGAAAUAAUCAAGGAGUGCAAAGACGGCAUAUACGCCGUCACAUUUGAUAUGUCCGGAACAAUGUACCGAAAUAAACACUGUGCUGUAUGCAACGGUGUCAGCGAGGAUUCACUACUUUGUGAAUAUUUAGAUGAUGACGUUAUAACCAUUGACUCGAACAGUAGAUUAUCCUUAUACAGUUUAGCACUUACUGUAAAUAUCAACACAGGUAAAGCGUAUAGAAACGAAAAAGAAGAGGAUGUUAAACAAUGCAAGAAGAAUGAAGUAUACGUCAAUCACUUUCAGAAAUGUAGGGAAAUACACUGUGCACCAUCUCUUGUUCCUUUGAAAGGAAAAUGUAUAAGUAAAAUUUCUAAUACAUUUAAGAUAAUGAAAUUGAAUCAUGACUUGGGUCAUGUGACUCAGGAGAAUUGUACUUUUAUAAAGGUCGAAUCAAAAGAGUAUAAAUUCAUAAACAAGACAUUGUUUAUACAUUCACACAAUAAGCAUUAUUCGACUGAAAAGUAUCAUGUCAAAGGGAAUUCAGUGUUUAUAUGUGUGAAUGAAUCACAAACGUGUGCAAAUGACUGCAAAACUAGCAAAUAUGUUUCCUAUACUGAUAUUGUUGAAAGUGAUCUAACACUUUUAUGUCUUGUUGUGUCAAUUUUGUCCUUAGCCGUAACUUUAGCAGUGUAUGUAGCAUUUCCUCAGCUGUUAAAUGUCCCUGGAAAAAUUCUCGUCAGCCUUAUUAUUUCCCUUCUUUUUGCACAUGUUUUGUUUCUUGUAGCUUCUCAAGUUGAGAAUUUCCAUAUUUUAUGUAUCAUUUUUGGAAUUUUAGUUCAUUACUUUUUCCUGGCUGCUUUCUGCUGGAUGAAUGUCAUUGCCUUUGACCUGUGGAUGACCUUUUCAAACAGAUUCAUGACGCCUGGAUCUGACAGUAAAGGACGCAAACGAUUCGUAAGAUAUUCUAUAUAUGCUUGGACAUUGCCAACCAUGAUUGUGGGUACAGCUCUUAUACUGGACUUUGUUAAUUUCGAUGAGAAAUUCUACAACUUUAAACCUGGAUACGGGAAAAAUGUUUGCUGGAUUUCCUCAAGAGAUGCUUUAAUACUUUUCUUUGCUGGUCCGCUUGCUGUGUUUAAGUUAUUGGAUAUAAUAUCUUUUAUUUCAACAGCAGUUCAUAUUGCCCGUGCAAAGAAAGAGGGAGCUAUGGCAACACGACGAAAGAAUACGUGCUCUUUUAUAAUAAACAUCAAAUUAUCCCUAAUAAUGGGUCUAACUUGGGUAUUUGCGUUUGUGGCAAAUGCUUUAAAUAAAUCGUACAUGUGGUAUCUAUUUAUCAUAUUCAAUUCCCUUCAGGGAUUGUUUAUAGCAAUUUGUUUUCUAUGCACAAAAGUUGUUUGUCGUCUUCUUUGUGAAAAAUACAGACAAUUAACAGAAAGGAAUACAUCUGGGACACAUAUUACAUCUGUUCCUUAAUAUAAUUCUUAUGAAAACAAUUUCACACAAUACCGGUGGAUUGUUAUUACCUCACAGCAAAAACACAGAUUUUUUUAAUUGUUCGUUUUUAGGCACGACAUACAGUGUGGUAAAUAAUUUUGGUAUGUUUGAAUAGUCUGUAAAUGGAAUAAUAAUUUUAACAUUUUAUAUGUAUUAUAUGUAUUUAGACAGAUUGUAAAGCAAUUAAAUUAGUGUUUACAUAAAGAGUGUUUAAAAUUAAAUAUUUUUAGCUGCAAUGAAUAUGCCAGAAGGAUAAAGAUAGGUUAUUGCUGCUUGAUUUUCUCCUGAAGAAGUUAAGCAAUCUCCCCAAUAUAUUAUGCUUUGGAGAAUAGUUUUAACGAUUAUAGAUAAUUCCUGAUUUUCACAAUGUUUACCUCCAUUUUGGGCGUCAAUGUUGUAUAUUUAUACAAUUGACAAUAUUUUAAAAAAUGUAAAUGGCUGAUCAAAUUCUUUUUUCCAAAUGAGGGAACAUAUUAUUAUAGCACAAGUAUGUAAAAUAUUUUUAUCAGUUUCCAUGAAAAUGAAUUAUGAGAGAUUUUUUAUCAAAUAUUUGUCAUAUAUCAAUAUAUUCGGAAUGGCCCUCAAAAUUGCGGUCA